UUUCGGGGAGCAGCAAACCCUAUUCGGAGCUCCGAUAACAGAGAGAAAGAGGCCCGAUCUUCUUCUCCCGACGGCAGAGCGAAGAGGAAGAGAUCCGACCUUCCGAUAGCGUCAAUGGCUCCCGAACCCGAAGAGUUGAACGAGAAGAACCCUCCUCCCCUUGACGAGGACGAUAUCGCCCUUCUCAAAACCUACGGGCUCGGGCCGUACUCGGCGAGCAUCAAAAAAGCGGAGAAGGAAAUAAAGGAGAUGGCCAAGAAAGUCAAUGACUUAUGCGGAAUCAAAGAGUCCGACACAGGUUUAGCUGCUCCAAGCCAGUGGGACUUAGUAUCUGACAAACAAAUGAUGCAGGAAGAACAGCCACUUCAGGUGGCAAGAUGCACUAAGAUUAUCAGCCCAAAUACUGAAGAUGCUAAGUAUGUUAUAAAUGUUAAGCAAAUCGCCAAGUUUGUGGUUGGACUGGGUGACAAAGUCUCUCCGACUGAUAUUGAAGAAGGCAUGCGUGUCGGAGUUGAUCGGAAUAAGUAUCAGAUUCAAAUUCCUUUGCCUCCUAAAAUUGACCCUAGUGUUACCAUGAUGACGGUUGAAGAGAAGCCUGAUGUUACAUACAAUGAUGUCGGUGGCUGUAAGGACCAGAUAGAGAAGAUGCGGGAAGUCGUGGAACUACCGAUGCUCCACCCAGAGAAAUUUGUGAAGCUUGGUAUUGACCCACCCAAGGGUGUCCUCUGCUAUGGUCCACCAGGAACGGGAAAAACACUUCUAGCUAGAGCUGUUGCCAACAGAACAGAUGCAUGCUUCAUUCGUGUUAUUGGAAGUGAGCUUGUUCAGAAGUAUGUUGGAGAAGGUGCUCGGAUGGUCCGUGAACUUUUUCAGAUGGCCCGCUCCAAAAAAGCCUGCAUUGUGUUCUUUGAUGAAGUUGAUGCAAUUGGUGGCGCCCGAUUUGAUGAUGGUGUGGGAGGUGACAAUGAGGUUCAGCGGACUAUGCUUGAAAUUGUUAAUCAACUAGAUGGAUUUGAUGCCCGAGGAAACAUUAAAGUUCUAAUGGCCACUAAUAGACCUGACACCUUGGACCCUGCACUUCUACGUCCUGGGCGAUUGGAUCGUAAGGUUGAGUUUGGUCUUCCUGAUUUGGAGAGCCGGACACAAAUUUUCAAGAUCCACACGAGAACAAUGAACUGUGAAAGGGAUGUUCGAUUUGAGCUCCUUGCACGACUCUGCCCCAACUCUACUGGAGCGGAUAUAAGGAGUGUUUGCACUGAAGCCGGCAUGUAUGCAAUUCGGGCAAGAAGGAAGACAGUCACAGAGAAGGACUUUCUUGAUGCUGUUAACAAGGUCAUCAAAGGGUAUCAGAAGUUCAGCGCAACACCUAAGUAUAUGGUGUACAACUGAGUUGUGCCGCAUCUUUUCUCCAUGGACUGCAGGGAAAGGCGUGACGUUACUACAGUCGGGGAUGGAUAGAUAUGUAACUUUAAAACUUGUAUUUUGACGUGUGUUUGAGGAUUGCGUAAAUUGAUUUUAUGUUCAACAGGGAACCAUAUACCUUCAAAAAUGUCAUGUUGAUUAGUUUGCCU